UCUCCUCCUCCUUCUCUUUCGAAAGCUCGCUUUAUAAAAAGGUUUCUAUACUUAUGCUUAGCGACAAACGCGAAGCGUCUAAGAAUUUUAUUUUCGCGGAAACCCCGCUCGUAGUCGGUUUAAGCAUUAUCGAGUGCAGUCGAUUCGUGGAUUUUUCAAACUUUCAUUUCCGAUAUGGAUAUUGAGGAGUUCCGGGCUCAUGGUAAGGAAAUGGUCGACUACAUCUGCUCCUACCUGAAGAAUCUUCCGGAUCAAAAAGUGACUCCUGACUUAGAACCUGGAUAUCUUAAGCACUUGAUACCGGAAGAGGCGCCAGUUCAACCGGAAAAUUGGGAUCGUAUCAUGGAAGAUGUAGAUAGGAUAAUUAUGCCUGGUAUUACUCACUGGCAACAUCCAGGAUUUCACGCGUAUUUUCCUAGUGGAAACUCCUAUCCUUCAGUGUUGGCUGAUAUGCUGGCAAAUGCAAUAGGAGUUAUUGGUUUUUCGUGGGCUGCUAGUCCCGCAUGUACAGAACUAGAAACUAUUGUGCUCGAUUGGUUUGGAAAAGCAAUUGGACUACCUCCGGAUUUCAUAACUUCAAGUAAAAAUAGUCCAGGAGGAGGAGUUAUCCAGACAAGUGCGAGCGAAUGCGUUUUAAUAUCCAUGUUGGCUGCCAGAAAUCAAGCAAUACAGUAUUUGAAAAAGAAUAUUGCAGAUUCUGAAGAAAUUGAGGACAGUGCAUAUUUACCAAAGUUAGUUGCAUAUUGUUCUAAAGAAGCGCAUUCUUGUGUGGAGAAGGCUUCGAAAAUAUUGCUUGUUAGAUUACGAAUAUUAGAUCCAGACGAGGAUGGAUCUCUGGAUAAGACAACCCUGGAAGACGCUAUAAAAAAAGAUAAAGCAAAUGGAUUAUUUCCAUUUUUUGUAUCUGCUAUUUUAGGUUCUACAUCAAGUUGUUCAUUUGAUAAAUUGCAAGAUAUUGGACCAAUUUGUAAGGCGGAACCCUGUAUUUGGCUUCAUGUGGAUGCAGCUUACGCCGGUAAUGGAUUUAUCUGUCCAGAAUUGAAACAUUUUCUUAACGGAAUUGAGUAUGCCGACUCAUUUAAUACGAAUCCAAAUAAAUGGCUGCUGGUAAACUUUGAUUGCUCAUGCCUCUGGGUCAAAUCAAGAGUCAAACUUACAUCAGCUUUAGUAGUGGAUCCGCUGUAUCUUCAGCACGCCAAUUCAGAUGAAGCAAUAGACUAUCGGCAUUGGGGUAUACCCUUAAGCAGAAGAUUUAGGGCACUUAAAAUGUGGUUUGUUAUACGUAAAUAUGGCAUAUCAGGUCUACAGAAAUAUAUACGCAAUCAUAUAACUUUGGCAAAACAUUUCGAAUCACUGGUUAAACAAGACAACAGGUUUCAGGUGAUGAAUAAAGUUAGACUUGGUCUCGUCUGUUUCCGUCUUAUCGGAAGUGACCAUGUAAACCAAGACCUUUUGGCCAACAUAAAUGCUUCUGGAAAAAUUCACAUGAUUCCCUCAAUAGUAAAAGAUAAAUAUAUUAUACGGUUUUGCGUCAAUUCUGAGAAUGCCACUUUAAGGGACAUAGAUAAUGCGUGGAAGAUCAUAUCAGACCACGCCUCUGAACUCACCCAACCACCUACGGUAUUCGCAAAACGACCACUUACAAGGCAACUAUCAAAAAGGUUUUCAUUUACAAGAAGCGUCUCCAAGGAGGCCUACAAGAGGUCAAGAAGCAGAUCCAACUUACUGGAUGGUUCAACACCAAUCCUGGUUGCGGAUUCUGAUGAAGACGAUGUUGACUCUGACCAACAGAAUAAUGAUUGUGAUAUAGUUGAUGUGCUAGCAAGUAGUUUAGAAGAUAACGUUUUCCUUGAUGAGUGUAAAAAAGAUGUCAAUUUUCUUCCACAGGCACAUGCAAAAAUUAAAUGCAAUGGAAUUUAAAUUAAUUUAGUGCUUCAGAGAUAAACUUUUUGGCAAGUUUAGAGAAUGUUUCUCAAGGUGUUGAUUAGAUCAGUUUUAGAGCAAAGUAUAUAGCAUAAGGAACACAAAAGAGCGUUGAGAAGUGAAUGAAAUGAAAUUUGUAUUGCACAUAUUAGUCAGCGCAAGAGUAAAAGAGAGUUUGCGCAUUGUUUGAUACACAUAUUAGUUUAUAUGUUUCUUGUGCUUUUGAAUGACCUAAGAUGUUUAAUUAUUUGUUAUAUAUCAAUGAGCGAAAAGGGAAAUUUGAAAUUUAAUUUUAUAGUGAUUUUUAAUAGUAUAAAGUCUCAUCCAAACUAUAAGAAGAUUGUGCUUUAAUAUCAUUGAGGAAGUCAAGGAGUGUGGCACGGCAUACAUGACCGGUGAUAAUAAAUUGAGUUCUGCGCAUAUCGAGCUGAUGCGCAGUGGCAUUGUUGCUUUUUCUUUGCUACAAACUUAUUACAGUCUUUAUAGUUUAUAGAAAAUUAUUUAUUAUGUUUAUAUUUAAAGAUGUAUAUUUGUAUAUAAAACCAAUCGGUUAUUUGGAUAUGUUUCUAUGUUUUUUAAGGAAUUAUUAAGAAAAUGUAAAUAUACAUUUAUACCAAAACUGUUUAGUUCUUAAGUUUAACACUAAUUUUAAAUAAGUUUUAACAAUAAGUUUAAUACUUGUUUGUAAAUCGAUGGAAUAAAUGAUUGUGAUAUUAUGUUUUGAAUC